AUGGCGGCGCAUGGAGUGAAGUUAGAGACUCUCAAGGAUUGUCUCCAGUUCUUGGAAUGGUUGAAAGGCCGCAAAUGGUCUGCUCUGCGAAACCAGCUGUCGGGUCGCCUAAAACGACUUCUGGAUAAAAAGUAUGAAAAUGUUAAUCAACAGCAAAUUGAAGGCGCAUUGUCGAUAUUUCUGGGUCACGUGUCGACGUUUCAUAAUAAAUUAUGCAAAACUGCAGCUAAAAGUGCAAUUCAGCGUAUUACCGCAAAAGAUGCCCUCGAGGCUGUUCUGCAGUGCAUUCCCAAACUGCUUUCCGUGAUCUACUUCUUGCAAUAUCAUGUGGAUAAGAGGUUUGCUAAAGUAGGCGGCGGGGAUUGGGCUAACGAUAUGGUUGGGUCGCUUGCAAUGUACGUUAGAUUUGGUCCAGAUUACUUGAAACGGAUGAUAUCCAAUGCCGGGCCAAUUGAUAAAUAUCUCAUUGCAACAGCCGACACGAAUGCUUACGGUGUCAUACCUGGGGGAUUUGACCCCGGUGAGUUAAAGGAACUUGCCAGGGAUGGAUAUAAUCAAGGUUCGCUUAUGACCGGCGACCUUGUUAAUAUUUUCGACAAAGAAAAGAAUCCUAAUAAUCUCUUUCGAGAUGUGUUCGUCACGUCAGCGGUGUCCAAAAAUUCCGCCGUUGAGAUAUCGAAUGUGGCGAACGCUCUUCGCUUAGUGGAAGACUUUUGUGGAAUAUUCGAAAAAGUGAAAGGUGAAGAUGAUUUUAAAAGUAAUUUACAAGCUAGGUAUCAUUGCAUCUCGUGGCUAGAAUUAAAACGACAUUGCAGCAAAAUUAAAAGGUCUCUUGGAAGCAUUUUUAAAGGCAACCGAUUCUCUUUUAACGGUUAUGCGAGGCCUUAUGAUAAGCUUAAAACGGAAGAUAUUGCCACCAAAAUGGCGAAGUGGCUGAAAAACAAUUUGGAUGCGAUUCGAGGAAAAUUGAAAAUAACGAGUCACAAGUUGGAUGUCAAAACAUUUGUAACCACGAAUUUAAUCCCGUACGGAUUCACAUUUAACGGGUAUAACGUAGGAACAGGGAAAAAUGAUUAUAAGGCUCUGAAAAAAGAUUGGGAUGCUGUAAUCGGUGAGCUAAAGAAAGCAAAUGAGGGUUUGGAUAAGUUGAAGCAGAUUUUAGGUGGGAACCAAUGUUCAAAUGGAAAAAAAGAUAAGCAGCCCAAGCGUAUUCCUGAGACAAAUCCUGAGGCUAAGCCUGAGCCUGAGCCUGAGCCUAGGCCUGAACCUGAACCCGAACCUGGAAUUGCGUCUGAUUCUGAGCCUGGGAUUGCGUCUGAUUCUGAUGAUGACGAUGAGACUUGGGGUGAAGAUCUUGAGUUUGUAGAUGAAGCAUUGGGGGAUGAAGAUGCUGCUCCCAUUAGCCCCCAAAAAGAAGCUCCGCCCGUCAAGGUCCCCGAUGCCCCUAAGGAGGUUGUAUCGGAGCAGAAAGUGGUAAAACCCACUGCCACUAAAUCGGAGGCGACAAAGCCUGCUACCCUUAAAGCUGAAGCAACUCCAAACCAAGGCAAGAAGGCGGAGGGAGGACAGAACCAGGGAAAGAAGGCUGAGGGGGCUCCAGAUCAACCAACCCAAAAUAAUGGGCAGAGUGAACUAAAACCUUUAAUUUCCCCGGGUGGAGAUAACGCAAGCCCAUCGUCCGCUGAGCCGCUUCAGCCUUCAAGUGUUGCAAGCCCAGACCCUAAGUGCUCUAAUGGUAAGCCACCAAUAUAUCUUGGGUUCGAUAGUGGCAAGACAAAAUACUGUCCCAGAGAUGGUAAGACGUGGGAUAUCUCUGAACGAAAAAAGCUGCAUGAGAAAUGGGAUGAACAAAAACAGAGCUACGAGUUUAAAUUAGAACAAAAGCAGAAAGAGAUUGAAGAGAGACUUAAAAGGCAAAAGGAAGCAGAAAAUCUUAAAAUGGAAGUUGAGGAACGUAUAAAGGAGGAUGAACGUCAACUUCAACGUGAAGCUAUGCUUCCACGCAUUGAUGUUGUGUAUAGGCCGCAAGAGUUAUCCGAGAAUCUGGAUGUGGCAUAUAAUACAGCCGCACAAAGACAUUUGAAUCGGUUUGUGUCUCCGAUGCCAUUCGACAUUAUCAAACCAACAAACCUCGAUGCGGUGAUAGAUGACAGUCACGGGACACCAACAACGGAUAUAAACGAGCCAGCAAUGGGCGGUUCAUCGGGCAUAGAAGUGAAGGACUUAGACGGGGCACCAGUGCAGAAUACAGAUCAACUAUCAAAGCAAAAUCAAGAUUAUUAUUCAACAGUGGAUACCAUAGGUUCGCCUUAUGUUGAGGGGGAUGAAAUACCGGAUCCGUUUUUCAGUGAUAAACGACAGACAGAAAUUGAUAAAGAAAUAGAAACCAGUCAAAAAAACAUGGAUUCAAAAUUGCGAUACCGAUAUUAUCAGGGAUUGGGUGACGCCCAAAACAAAUGGAAGAAAUCCCUUGUCGACACAGAACAAGCGGAAAAGGAAGAACGGAAAAGACAGAUUGAUGCCAGAAUACAAAAUGUCAUUGAACGUGUUCGAGAACGGAAUGAACGGAAAAAUAAGGCAGCCCAGAACCUUGACAAAAAGUUCGAAAAAACAACAGAAAAUAUAUGGAAAACUCAACUGCAGCAAAACCUGGACUACAUAGAAGAAAACGUAGAAGAUGAAGAUGCCAAAAAACGAGUGCAACAAAAACGGUUGCGGCAGCAAAAACAGUUAGAUCAGCAAAACGUUAGUCAUGAUUCCCCAACAUCUACAGUCUCCGCCCUUCCAAGUCAGCCCGGCAAUCCUGCUCCCGCACCUUCCAGUCAGAAUACCGGUGGCCGCGAUGGUCAUAGGCGUAUACCUUUCGUUCCACGGGAGGAGGAUUUAAUGCAAAGGGGUGACGAUGUAAUAUAUCCAGACGUGGUAUAUUCCGACCCCGUUGAUCCCUUUGCCAAGUAUGGUUAUGGUUUAGGUGAAAUGUACACUUCUUUUGACGGCCAGCCUGUGGUGGAUAAACGUCGUGAGAAGGAAGAAAAAUUACUCAGGGAAAAAAAUAAAAAUGAUGCGAAAAAGAGAUGGGUUGAAUCCCACCAAAGAUUGUAUGCACAAACACACGCAAAUUCUGGAUUUAGUGGAACGCCCACGGGAGACUCCAAAGGCCUCGCGGAAGCUAUGCCCUUUCACGAUAAUGCAUCUGUUGGUAUUCCCAUGGGUAUGGUGUUGAAACCUAAAAAACCUGCAAUUGCUUUUCCACCGUUGCCGCAAAAAAAGUUCGGCCCCGGUACUCCUGCAGUACCACAAGGCAUCGAUUUAACAAAAAAUAAGCGUCCCACUAAACUUCCGUCGGUGACCACUCCGAAUGAUACAACAUACGUGACUGGGGAGAUUGAUAUUAUUCCAAUACAACACUCAACAGACAUUUCAGGUGCUCCGAUUAAGGAUGUGACAAAUAAAAUACCAAUAGCUAAAGUUCAAGACACUUUGGACUAUAAAUUGCUUUUACCGGAUCAACCCACGGGCUAUCCUAUUACAAAUUCAAAUCAGGAUACUCCCGUGCAACAACCGCCUCCAAAAUUUAAGCCGUCGGAUGUAAGCGGCAGUAUCACUUCCGGGUUUAUUAGCGACGUUGAAUCAUGGCGAAAAAAGGAGAUUAUGUACAAUAAUAUAAAAAGGGAUCUUGAAGCGCAUAAGAAAGCGUUAGCGAACGACCAGGAACGGAGAAUCAAAGAGGCACAACGAUACGGAGAAGGAUUUAAAAAAAUGGUACAUAUGCACGACGAUGACAGGAAUCAACAUCUACUUGAUGAUGUACAAGAAUCAACAGAAAAACUCAAGCUUCCAUCACCACGCAAACUUCAAGAUAUUGUAUAUCCCAACGAUAAACCAUAUGUUGCUCCGCCGGUUAUUGAUACAUUGCCCCAUGGUUUACAGUCAACUGAAGCAACCGGGGAUGUGUCUAAAACGUUUAUUGAUGUCAAAGAUUCCGAGUCGCUUGCAGAAGUCGGCUUGUCCGUCGACGUAUUAAAACAGUCACCGUUUCAGCCUCUGAAUGACUACGAUUACGGCCGUACAUUUAUGCCGCCGCCGGUAGUAGCAGGGGGUCAACUUGCGAGCACCCUUGAUUCACCUAGAUUGGUAUCAGAGCGAAGCAUCCCACUUUUUGCAAAUCCACACCUUUGCACUAACCCCUGGUCAGUUUCCACUUCCACUUCCUCCACCGAUACACCCCCUCCACCUGCCUCGCCUCCCCCACUCACCGAUCAUCUCCCCCCGCCCAAAACAGUGCGGGAAAUGCUCUACUGGUUUGUAGGGUUGAGUCAAUAUGGACUUAUUGGAGUGGUAACGGAACAUGUUUACAGCCUUCUGAGGGAACUUAACAAAGAUACUUCCCAUCCUACUGAUGCCAUCGAGGUCACUGGGGAUCCCACCACCCUGACCGCUUCCAAUGUCACCACCAAACUGACCGAGGCGUGUCUCUACUCAGCCACUGUUAUCUACAAGGUCAGGCAUAACAAUGACUUCAAAGCCUUUUCUACCUUCGACUUCAAAUCAGUAUAUAGUCAGUUCCGUUAUUCCUCCGACCCCGCCUGUCUCCUCUGCCAGCUGCGUGACUACGCCUACGCGUGCCACUACCAGUUGGAGUUCCUGAAGGCGCAGUGUAAUAGAGUGGAAUCUCAUGGUGGUUGGCAGAAUUGUAAGUACGGCAGUGACACCAAGACAUCGUCCCCCCUCCAGGCGUUCCUGACUGACGGCUGGGACUCCGACUUCGACACUCACCUGUUCGACCCGUGCAACCUGUGCCUCAAGAGCAGGAUCAGGAUGGGAUUUAAGAGAGGUGAUUUGCCUGAGAAAUCACAAACUGGCGGCACAAUUUCCACCAUCCUGUCUCCCAGCUGCGGCGGUAGUGAUCCCCUGCUGACCCUGUCCUCGUACCUCAACUGCAUCACCAGGCGGACGCCGCGCACAACCGGGGAGCUUGUAUCGUACUUCCAUUAUUUUGGGAAUUCGGUAUAUAAGGCAUUGUCACAGUUGCCUCCGAUCUCACCAAGCCUGAUACUGCGGUUGCCAACCCACCAAGUAAAGUAG